UGGUGUAGAACGGACGCCUCGCUUGUUUUUUUUUUUAUUGUUGGUAACAACUUAGUUCGGUGUCAAUAAACUUUUUAAUUCCUGUGCGAGUGAAAUAGUGAUUCAGUGGUCUCUUUCUGCAGGUUCAGUGAAUUUGUCAUCCUGGAUAUCUCAGACGAUACAUCGCGGGGUGUGAUGCGCGCCCCCGCCCCCGGCGCGUCCCUGACCGCCGUGGAGCGCUGGUCGCAGUCGCCGGCCACCCACGCCGACUACCCUCACGCAGCUCCCACCCAACAUCCUAUCUACCCCUACGAUGAGGACAUCAACUCUAGAUUCACUAUAUGGCAAGGAGACAUCACAACGUUGGAGGUGGACGCGAUCACGAACACAACAGACGAGACCCUCACGGAAAGCAACGCGGUCAGUGACCGUAUAAUGAUGGCUGCCGGCCCCGAUCUCAAGGAGGAGAUUAUCACUAGAGGUUAUGAGUGCCAAACGGGCGAGGUGGUGGUGACGCCAGGAUUCUCGCUCCGUUGUCGAUACAUCAUCCACACUGUCAGCCCAAAGUACAUCGCCAAGUACCAUACCGCUUCUGAGACUUCGUUACAUAAUUGUUACAAGAACGUUCUGUGCAAGGCGGAGGAGCUGGGCGCGCGCGCGCUGGCGCUGUGCGUCGUCAGCACGCCGCGGGCCAACUUCCCGCCCGACCUCGCUGCUCACGUCGUUUUAAGAGCGGUGCGCCGCCACCUGGAGCAGAGCGCGCGGCCGCGGCGCGUGCUGCUGGCGAGCGCGGACGCGAGCUGUGCGCUCGCCGCGCGCGCGCCGCUCUACUUCCCCGCCGCCCGCGCCCGCGUCCGCAUCAUACACAACCCGCACUCGCACAGCUCCGACAGCGCGGAAGACGACAGCGCAUCACUAUGCGACGAAGACGCGGCGGUCGAAGCAGCGGCAGCGUUCGCCCGCGCUGUCGCGCCCGACACGCAGCGGUUGUUGGCGCCUGCGUCCAGACCAACACCAUACAUCGACAGGCGGCUUUUGGAUAACCAUGAGCAAUACGACCGUCUCCUCCGGAGGGCGAGGACUGAAGACCUGAGCGAAGUGUCGGGCAUCGGCUGCUUGUACCAGAGCGGCGUGGACCGGCUGGGCAGGCCUGUGGUCAUCUUCAUCGGGAAGUGGUUCCCGAUUGGAGACAUUGACUUGGAUAAGGCUCUCCUGUACCUCAUCAAGCUGCUGGACCCGAUAGUCCGCGGGGACUACGUGAUCGCAUACUUCCACACGCUGGCCUCCUCCGCCAACCACCCGCCGUUCUCCUGGCUGAAGGAGGUCUAUACCGUACUGCCUUACAAAUACAAGAAAAACUUGAAAGCGUUUUACAUCGUGCACCCGACGUUUUGGACAAAAAUGAUGACGUGGUGGUUCACGACGUUCAUGGCGCCGGCGAUCAAGGCGAAGGUGCACAGCCUCCCGGGCGUGGAGUUCCUCUACAGCGUCAUGGCGCGCGACCAGCUGGAGCUGCCCGCCUUCGUCACCGAACACGACAUGACGAUAAAUGGUCUACAUUACUUCCAACCGGACACGAACAAUACGUAAAUCGCCACCGCGUUUUGUUAAAAUGCUCCUUGUUAUUGCGCGUUCGUAUGGCCUCAUGCCAUUCCCUUUGUAGCUUAAAUCCAUUCUCUAUAAAUUUAAACUCUAAGCUACAAAGGUGUUAAGGCAAAGUAUUUUCAGAUUGACAUUUGUAAAAACAACCAAAAUAGUAGAAGUUUUCACAACUGGCAACCCUGAAGUAAUUUUCCAUGGUCACUGUUAUGGUUUUUGGUGGGAUUUAUAUCCAAUUGUUAUGCAUAAUAACUAAUUUACUAUUUGUGUGUACGUUAAUGACUAUUUAAUCGCUAGCAUAUCAUUUUUCGAAUCGCUCAGCUAAAACUGUUGUAUGUACUCAAUUGUAUAAAAAUCCCAAAAGAAACUUUUUAAAUUGUUGAAAGUAUAUCAUGUAACUUAGUAUUAGAGGUGCAUUUUUAUAUUAUUUUAAUUAUAAUUGUAAAAUUAAGAUUAAAUCGAUCGAUGUCUGCAUCUUUUUGUAAACCCCAAAUAUUUCAACAUAUCCCACUAAGUAUUCUAAUUAUUUUAUAAGUCUUUUACAGUGGUUUAUCUACAUACAUUUUCUUUUAGACGUGGGUACAUUACAUUUGGGAGAACCGCAGUGGACUGCUCUUUUUAUAAAUUUGAAAUUUGUUCUCUCAUUCAAUUUUCUAUAUAUACGUAACUAAUAUGAAAUGUUCACUAUAUCAAUCAAUACUUUG